UCGUACUCGGCAACCGCAGCCGUUGUAUGCGCGUCGUGCGAACCUGGGAAAUCGUGGCCGCAUUUUCACCCGUUUCCAAGAUGCUUCCUUGGUUAUUCUUUUUUCUGGGAUGCGUACAAAGCUGUUUCGCCCUGGAAUGCUAUGUGUGUACGAGCCAGGAUAAAAAUAACGAGAAAUGCACGGAAACCAUCAGAACGUGUGAUCCCUCUGAAACACGUUGCCUUACCGAAGUUCGCUGGGGAAGUACACCUUACUGGGCCCCAUCCGGUGAGAAGCAGUAUUACAUCAGCAAGUUUUGUUCCACUGAUGAACACUGCAUCAAUCAAACCAUACGGUAUCGAGAACGCUGUGAUCGCAUCUGGUACAACGACUGGGAGUGUGUGGAAUGCUGUACCGGUGACCGCUGCAACUAUUAUGUGACGCUUGGUGCGGGUCUCUCAAGGCCAUCAGCGUGGAUUUGCCUAGCUGCCGCUGCUGUUGCUCUCCUGGCCUCUUACAACAGGGAAUCGUGA